UACAACAAAAAUAAUAGUUUAAAGUUAGAUCAUGGGAAACUUACAGUACAAAUAAAAUAAAAUAAAAUAUGGUUACUACAAUGAACCAUAUGGUUCCACAGCUCUAAUCGAUUUAUAAUGCAUUGGACCUCCAAAAAUGCAUUCACAAAAAUAGAUGUUCACUACCUCAACAUAUUUUGGCUCGCCCAUUUACAGGCAUUUUCCCCAUACACACCGAGCACACAAAUUGUAGCCGAUAAGGGGAUUACCUAAAGCCUGCAAGAGGUGUUCCUACAAAUAGCUGUUUGUGUAUUGGUGAUGAUGAUGAUGGUGGGUUGUUGAGAGCAUUGUAACGCAGAUGUCAUCUGGGUGUCCAUAGUAACCGCCAGUACAAACGCAGCAUCAUCGUAUUCGCCUCGAUGCUGCAAAGACUGAAGCACAGAGAGACGUCAAGCUUGAAGAUACAAAACGCUGAAGUAGCACCACACCUCUCCGCGUUUAUGUGAGCCUGUAGCUGAUGUGCUGGCAUACGCGCUGCGUUAGAAAAUGCGCACCCGUGCUCUUUUUUCAGUCGAUGGCCAAUGAUGUCAGUGCCGUGGAGACAACGGAGGCACCACAACUUUAACAACAGCGGCUGAGCUUACAUCGCUCGUUCGUUUACGCAUUGUAUAUUCUCUUGCUAAAAAAGAUAUGGUAUUGCACAAGCCGUUGUGUGGUACUUGUUUGGUGUAAGUUGGAGAAUGUGGAUACUGUAGGGCAUCUCUUUAAGGAUCCGUAAUGCUGUCCAGCCGGGCCGUUAGUCGAGCCUGACACCGCCGCGAUGCUGCCGGGCUCCAUACAGAUCACGGGAGAGGCGCUGUCCGGAGCUGAAAUCAAGGAUAUGUGCGAGAGCCUGAAGGAGAACAGUGUGAGACUUCUGUCUGUACGGGGCUGUCAGCUGUCCGAUCGAGACUUCGGCCGCGUGUGUCGCGGCGUGGCGGAGUCUCACUCACUCGCUCAGUUGAACCUGAACCUCGGCGUGGUGUCCACUAUCAGCCGGACGAAACAGCUGGCCGAUGCGCUGAAGGCUAACAGAUCCAUUCAGACCCUCUUUUUACACGGGACUCCGCUUUUAGAUGCAGGACUGGUCACCCUGAACGGAGCCCUUUCCACUCACCCCUCACUCGUGUCCUUGGACCUGGGGGACUGCAUGCUGGGAGAUGAGGCUGUACGUCUCAUAUGUGGCAUGCUGCCUCCAGACGGAGCCAAAUCAGGGCUAAAGGAGCUGACACUGAGUGCAAACCCAGCCAUCAGCACUCAGGGGUGGGCUCGACUGGCCGUCGCGGUCGCUCACAGCUCACAGUUACGGGUCCUCAACCUCGACUACAAUCCCUUGGGGGAUGAAAUCGCUGGGAUGUUGGCCGUCGCUGUUGCGUCCAGCAGAACUCUGGAAGUUCUGGAUUUGGAGGGAACUGGACUCACCAAUCGGUCAGCACAGGUCUUCCUUGACAUGGUUGAGAACUACCCCACCUGCCUGCGUGCGCUGGUUCUAGCCGAGAACGAUAUCAGCCCUGAGCUGCAGCAGCAAAUCUCUGAUCUGCUUUCAGAAGGAGAGGAGGAGGAAGAUAAAGACGGAGAGGCGCGCGGUAGCUCCGUCACCCCCCGAGAGAAACCGGCCUGGGUUCCCCACAGCAACUCUUCCAGCUCCCAGAUGGUCCUGAUGACAUCAGGACUGGGUGAGAGCUUUUUGGCAGAGACAGAGAUGUGAUACUGGAGCUGCCUUUGUUUUGUGCUUGCACUGUUCGACUACUGCAAGAUCACCAGUUAGUGUGUAAGCUCGCACACUGCAUGACCUGUAGCACUUAGCAGAAGACAGUUGAAAGCUGGAACAAAAACCUUAAACACCAAGUGACUUAUAAUACGCAAUAGCGAAGUAUUUAUCUUACAGAUGUACAGUCUAUUUAUAAAUGCCUAUUUAACCAAUAACAGUAUACUCUGAUAGUUCGGCUGUAUAGGGUUGAUGUGAUGGCCUGAUGUCUGAAUAAAUCAG